CCUUGGGCCAGUGACUUUACUGAGUCUUGGUUCCCUCAUCCUUAAAUGUGGCUAAUGCCUGCCGCAGGGAACCGUUGUGAGGAUUAGAGGUCUCUUUGGAAGCAAUAAUGAUGACUAUAACAAGAACUUAUCUUGCUUUGCAAGAUUCUUCCGCCGGAGAAAGAGAGAGCGCGAAAGAGAGAGGAUGUCUCUCUCAGACUGGCACCUGGCGGUGAAGCUGGCUGACCAGCCACUUGCUCCAAAGUCUAUUCUUCGGUUGCCAGAGACAGAACUGGGAGAAUACUCACUUGGGGGCUAUAGUAUUUCAUUUCUGAAGCAGCUUAUUGCUGGCAAACUCCAGGAGUCUGUUCCAGACCCUGAGCUGAUUGAUCUGAUCUACUGUGGUCGGAAGCUAAAAGAUGACCAGACACUUGACUUCUAUGGCAUUCAACCUGGGUCCACCGUCCAUGUUCUGCGAAAGUCCUGGCCCGAACCUGAUCAGAAACCAGAACCUGUGGACAAAGUGGCUGCCAUGAGAGAGUUCCGGGUGCUGCACACUGCCCUGCACAGCAGCUCCUCUUACAGGGAAGCGGUCUUUAAGAUGCUCAGCAAUAAGGAAUCCCUGGAUCAGAUCAUUGUGGCCACCCCAGGCCUCAGCAGUGACCCCAUUGCUCUUGGGGUUCUCCAGGACAAGGACCUCUUCUCUGUCUUCGCUGAUCCCAAUAUGCUUGAUACGUUGGUGCCUGCUCACCCAGCCCUCGUCAAUGCCAUUGUCCUGGUUCUGCACUCAGUAGCAGGCAGUGCCCCGAUGCCAGGGACUGACUCCUCUUCCCGGAGCAUGCCCUCCAGCUCAUACCGGGAUAUGCCAGGUGGCUUCCUGUUUGAAGGGCUCUCGGAUGAUGAGGACGACUUUCACCCAAACACCAGGUCCACACCCUCUAGCAGUACGCCCAGCUCCCGCCCAGCCUCCCUGGGGUACAGUGGAGCUGCUGGGCCCCGGCCCAUCACCCAGAGUGAGCUGGCCACCGCCCUGGCCCUGGCCAGCACUCCGGAGAGCAGCUCUCACACACCGACUCCUGGCACCCAGGGCCAUUCCUCAGGGACCUCACCAAUGUCCUCUGGUGUCCAGUCAGGGACACCCAUCACCAAUGAUCUCUUCAGCCAAGCCCUACAGCAUGCCCUUCAGGCCUCUGGGCAGCCCAGCCUUCAGAGCCAGUGGCAGCCCCAGCUACAGCAGCUACGUGACAUGGGCAUCCAGGACGAUGAGCUGAGCCUGCGGGCCCUGCAGGCCACCGGUGGGGACAUCCAAGCAGCCCUGGAGCUCAUCUUUGCUGGAGGAGCCCCAUGAACUCCCUGCUUCCCCUGAACUCCCAGCAAAGUUACAGAGGCUGCUGCCCAUGGGAGGCACUCAUGAAGGUGCCUCCGUCUCUCCCUCCCCAAUAUACCCACCUGAUGGUCAACUCUC